UUCUUAAGAAAAAUAAAAUCUCUGGCUGAAAUCGACUCCUUAUGUCCUGACAUGUCGAUACUAUCAAGUUUCAUGUAAAAAAAAAAAAUAAUUGGCAAAAUGGUGAAAACAAGGUAUAUUAGUUGCGCAUGUAAUCGAUUACCACAUGCAGUGGAUUGGGGACAAAACAACUUAGUAUGCUAUGCUGCUAAUUAUGCAGUUGCCAUAUGCGAUCCUCAUGACAAGCUGUUUGGUUCAAUAUUAUCAACUCUCCAUGUUCAUACUGACCGAGUAAACGUUGUGCGUUGGAUCAAAUCGAUGACUUUUCCAAUAAUAGAAACAGAACUCAUAACUGGCUCCUGUGAUGGUACAGCUAUUAUCUGGACAGCAAGUAAUUUAACAUGUGGCAACUUUGAAGCCAAAGAAACCCUCUUAGUGGAUGGUCCUGUCAGUAUAUGUGAUGCUGCCUACAUCUCUGCCAAAUCUUCUGAUUUAUUAGCAUGUACCUGCUCCAUUGAUGGAAAGUUGAAGAUAUGGGUUCGAUUCAAUUGUCUUAAAGUAGAAUUAGUCCAAGCUAUAAAUUUUUCCAAAAAAUUGCCCACAGAGGCGCGAUUAGUAAUUCUUCCACCAAAACUUGAUAAUUCAACAAAUGUAAUUUUGUUUAUUGCACUAGACGACUCAACUGUUGAUUUAUACUUGGCAUCAUUUAUUCAUGAAGAUGUAAAUCAAAACAAUGAUAUGAGUUUUAUCAAAGUGCAGACUUUAGUUGGCCAUGAAGAUUGGGUAACAUGUAUUGACAUUGUUUUGAACGAUGACGAAAGUUUAUUUGCAGCCACCAGUUCUAAAGAUAGUACAGUAAGACUCUGGAAAAUUUCUCAAGUUACAAACAGUACUAAAACUAACAAGGGCAAAAAACUGAAGCCAAAGAAACUAUACUUUUUGAUGCAAAAUAAAGAAUAUGAAAUUGUUCUUGAAAGUAUCUUAUUUGGCCAUGAUUCUUGGGUUUACGAAGUACACUGGCAUCCUAUGGUUAAAAGAAAUGGGAAAUAUUCUCAGCCCUUAGAGUUACUUUCCUGUUCUUUGGAUAAAACUGCUAUUGUUUGGAAAAUAAGUAAUAAUACUGGUGUUUGGUCUGAAAUAGUAAGAGUUGGCGAAGUUGGGGGUAAUUCUCUUGGCUUUUAUGGCUGUAAAUUUGGUCCCAACGGCAAAAACAUAUUAGCAUAUAAUUAUUCUGGAUCGUUUCACAUGUGGGAAUAUCAAGAAAAUUUUCAAAACUGGAAACCGAGACUGAUACCCAAUGGACAUUACAACAGUGUGGUAGAUCUUUGCUGGGAUUCAAAAGGGAGAUUCUUAAUCACGGCCAGUAAAGAUCAGACAACUAGAAUUCAUGUUCCAUGGCCAAUUAGCAAUCAAGAGGAAUCCUGGUGUCAAAUCAGUAGACCACAAAUACAUGGCCAUGACAUUUCUUGUCUAGCAAUUCUUAAGCCGCAUAUAUUUGCUUCUGGUGCUGAAGAAAAAGUUGUUCGCAUUUUUACUGCACCAUUGAUAUUUAAAAAUUAUUUACUAAGUUUAAUGGACGAAGUAAGUGAUGUUGAAUUUAAGGGGAUUGUAGAAGCAGCAUAUCUUCCAGAUCUUGGUUUAACCAAUAAAGCCGGAUAUGAAGUUAAUUUGCACAAUAGUACCGAUACAUCAAGUAAUUCUAGUGAUUUCAACUAUGAAGAACCUCUAUUAGAAGAAGAAUUGAUACGCAAGACACUAUGGCCAGAAUUUCAGAAGCUGUAUGGACAUGGAUAUGAAAUAUUUUCAAUGGCAGCAAGGCAUGAUGGUACAUUACUUGCCACAUCAUCAAAAUCUACAUCAUUCAAACAUGCCGCAAUAAUAUUGUGGGAUACAAAGCUAUGGUGCCAAUCAGAUAAAUUACUAUUUCAUCAACUAACUGUAACACAAAUGGCUUUCUCUCCAGAUGAUCAAUAUUUUCUUUCUGUAUCAAGAGACAGGUGUUGGGCUUUGUACUCUUACCAAAAUCACAAAUAUGAAUUGUUAAUGUCUAGUUUACAAAAAGAAAGUUUUCAUUUGCGUAUUAUUUGGAGCUGCUCGUGGACAAAUGACUCCAAAUAUUUUGCAACCGGUUCUAGAGAUGGUAAAGUUGGAAUCUGGAGUAAAAACAUUGCCAACAAUAAGAAACCCUUGCUUGUUACUGACUUUUGUUCAAAUGGGUCAUCUGUUACAGCUCUUGCUUUUGCACCUUCUAAAAUAUCAAAUAAAUUUCUCUAUGUGUUAGCUAUAGGAUUUGAGCAUGGUUGUAUAGACAUUAGAAAAAUUGAACAAGUUGGUAAAUCCAAUUGUUAUGAGUGGGUACAACUGUCUUUUUUGAAUACAUCACAAGCUCAUCAUGCAGCAGUAAAAAGAUUAUGUUUUCGUCCAAAUUUUCGAAACGAGCAUGUUUUGCAAUUAGCAAGCUGUGGCAUGGAUGGUGUUGUAAAACUGCAUGACGUUGUAUUAAUAUGAUACUUGAAAACAACUGGCGAUGGUACUCCGUUAUUUUCCACAAAUUAAAAUCUUUCAUGACUCAUCAGUCAACUUAUAGUCCGGGUCGUAAUCUGGAAUUCGUGGGAGAAAUUAUUUGGAUAGGAUUUUUUUGCACGAUCUGACGCAAAAUGAUCACCUAAAAACGAAUUUGCAUGUUGCCAGGCUUCAAAGUUGUAGGAAAAAUGUUUAAACAAACUUUUUUAAACAAAUUAAA